UAUUAUGCUGAAGAAUUUUCAAAAAUUGUCGAUAAAAGAAUUGAAACUUUGGUGGGAAAUUACUACACUACAAAACUAUUUAAAAGUGAGUAGAGUACCACGUGGCCUGCGGAUUAAAAAAUUCCCAGCAUUUGAAAUCCAGGAUAAGAGUCUAAUGGAUGACUGGUAUGGGGUGUUAACUGACUGCUCUCUUAAACUGAUGAAAAUAUUAAUAAAUAAAUAUCAGCAGGAACAGGAGAGACUGGGACAAGAGAUCACUCAGAUAGAGACAACUAUGAAUGUCUAUAAGGGUAACUCAGAAUUUGAUAAAUUCAUUAAGAGAAUGAAAACAGAUAUUGACACCCUGGAAAAUAAAAUCAUGGAAAUGAAACAGAGAAAAUUCCUGAGGGACAAAUCAGAUUAUGACCAAAAUAGAGUAUUCUCCUGGGGAAUGAAACUUAAUCCACAACGGGGGAGAUGGGAACGCAUGAAACCUACUCUGAAAACAGAGAGAUAUCGAGGUCAAGGGAAUAAAAUGAAUGCUGAUACAUCCGGUGCAGGGUCUGAAGCUUCUUCCCCUAGUGUUUCUUUUUUAGUGACAUCGGGCAGCGACCUGGACGUGAGCCAAGAGGAGGAGGACGACGAAUCUACCAAUUUGACCAAGAGAAAAAGAACAGAAAACGGAAAAGGGGCAAGAGAGGAGGAAACAAUACACGUCAAAAGACCAACAGGAGCCAAGAAAGGCAAAGGCAAGAUGGUGGCGAGGAAGAGAUAAUUCGUGGUGAUGUAGACUGUGAAGAUCUGGCAAUUGAAACUGUCAGUCUGGGAAAAAGAAAAGGAAAUAUUGAUAAACUGCUGUCCAAAAAGGAAAUCAAAUGGAUACUAUUAUUAGAAACAGUGUCACCUCAAGGACUGAAUAGAGAGUGUGAUGUCAAGUCAUAUAUAGAAUAAAAUAGAGAUAUAUAUAGUACUCUGACAGAACAUAGAUACAUUUGGAAGCAGUAAAGAUAGUGUUUACAAUCACAGCCCCUAAAGAUAGCUUUUAACUCUGUGAGUCCUAUGGAGAUUAUGCGUAAUAUAAUAUCUCCUUAUUAUCCCUUCCCAUCUACAAUAAUAUAAUUGAAUAACGUUGUUAAAUAGCAUUUUAAAAUUAUUUAUAUUUCACGUGUGUCAGAAAUGAGUAACUUAUAUGGUUAUAUAUACAUGAUAUAGCUAUAUUAAUUUGAUUAAAUAUUAACUAUAAGAAAUACGCUAUUACAUGCAUAUAUAUACUUUUUAACACCUU